AUGGCGGCGGCGAAGCCCGGUAGUAGCCAUAGCGACAUCGACAUGGCGGAGCUGGACCGGGUGCUGCACGCGGUGGGCUUCCAGAUCGAGACCGUCUCCCCCGCGCUGCUCGCCGGCAGGCUCCCCGUCACCGAGUGCUGCUGCCAGCCACUCAAGGUGCUGCUAUGAAAGAUGUGGGAGGUGAAGCUAAUAUGGAAGAUGGACCCGUCGCCGGAGAUGAAGAAGGGGCCGCAGAUCGCCGAGGCGAAGGUGACGCUGCUCUGCAACCUGCCCGUGCCGGACAACCUACACCACCUCGGCGACGUGUGCCGGGGCAGCGCCGCGCCGUCGGCUACCACCCGAUCCCCCAGUUCGAGAGGUGGCGAUGCCCUAGGAGCCGCGGCCCGCCGCCGCCAGAUCCGAGCGGGCUUUGCCCGGGGAUGCGUUAGGCGGCGGCGGAUGGGUGAACGCUGGGAGGAGGCCUUGCGCCGGGGGGUGAGACGCCCCGCCCGAGUCGCCCUGGAGGAGGACGACGCGGGGGGUGAGAUGCGAUCUGAGAGGGAUUAA